AUGUUGUGGAAGAGAAAAUGCGUCAACCCCAAUGACACGGACGACAUCUGCGAGAAAUACACCACUACUUUCCAGACGACUGUCAUACCUCUUAUCAUCGGCUUGACUCUUUUCUUUCUCCUGGGAAUUGUUCUGUUUGUCAUUGUCAGGAAGCAACGCAUCAAGAGAAAGGCAGAAGAGGCGGCACAACACAAGGCUAUCGACGACGAGAUGGAGCUGGAAUUUGCGGUCUCUGGGCACAAACAUGAACGAUCUCAAGGGCAGGUCCCGCCACAAUAUCGUGUACCUGAUCUUGAAAAUCCAGUCGAAGGUUCAGGGCCACCGCCCAAAUACUAG